CCCUCGCAUUGUAAACCAGUGCAGAGUAGCCCUGAUGGUGAUCUGUCACAGUGGAUUUGGCAACGCGCAGGACGAGAGGAGAGGUUUUACGCACGAGUCCCGCUCGAGAUCAUAAGUAUUCGGAAAACUUGUACUAGAGAAGGAAUCCUGUUCUCAUGGUGGGUCCUUCAUCUGCGUCGAGGAGAGCGCGGUGAAGUGCUGGCUGAUUGAAUGUCACCUCCAGUCAUCAUGGAUUACGGACGGACCAUGGCCCCUCCGGUGCCCCCGCACAAACCCGUUCCCGCCCGGCCAGGGCAGGCGCAGGAGCGGCUGCUGAAGUGCAUCCUUCUCGGCGACGGAGCGGUGGGCAAAACCAGCCUGGUGGUCAGCUAUACGACAAAUGGCUACCCAACCAAAUACGUCCCUACUGCAUUUGAUGACUUCUCAGGGUUCCACUUUCCAAAUUGUCUCGCCAGUCCCAGCAGGCUUUGUUUACUUCAAAAUAAGAGGAGAGAACAAAUCCUUCAAAGGGAUGAGUUCGACAAACUCCGCCACUUCUGCUACAGUCGGACCGACGCCUUGCUGCUGUGCUUCAGCGUGGUCAGCCCCGCUUCCUUUCAAAACGUCUGGGAGAAGUGGGUCCCCGAAAUCCGCCGCCGCUGCCCUCUCACGCCUGUCCUCCUCGUAGGCACGCAGUGCGACCUGAGGCAGGACGUCAAAGUGCUGAUCGAGCUGGCGAGGCGGAGGGAGAGGCCAGUGCUGGAGGAAGACGCCAGAGCGCUGUCGGAAAAAAUUGGGGCAGUGACAUACGUUGAGUGCUCGGCGCUGACACAAAAGAAUCUGAAGGAGGUGUUUGAUGCGGCCAUCGCUGUGGGGCUGCGGCACUCUGACAGGAGAGCGAGACGGGAGAGGAAGGUCCGCAGCACAGCUGAUAAGAUGAAGAUGCUCUCCAAGUCCUGGUGGAAGAAGUAUGUGUGCGUCAAGUAGGGGAGGGAGGAGACGAUUCUCCUGUGACUGAUGAUAAAACUGGAACUGCUGACUUAUUGGUGGGGAAUGAUAUGGAUGUAAGGACUGUUUUUACGUUCACUUGGACACGACCCAAGAUGUGGUGGCCAGAAUGACUUUAAAUCAGUGGAGCAAUAGUUCAACAGAGGCAGAGUGUGUCAGGUUUUGGAUAUUUUCAGUUUGACCAGAAAAGAUCUCUUUGUUGAUGCCUAAAAGACAGAGCGCAUAAGGCUGUAACCACUGUCUGCCCCUCAGAGCCAGUCUGAACUGUUAAAUAUGACUGUGACCAGCAUUCAACCAAAAGUUUUUUGGCACAUGGACUGCAUAUCGUACUGAAUGUGUGCAAAGGAAAUGUGAGCUGACUCGGAGGGGAGAUAUUCAGACGGUGAUGUUACGUACUUAAAGUAUACUCCUCCUAUGUGUCUGAUUUGAUACCCUUCUCUAACAAAGUAUAUUAUUUUAUGUGUUCUACACUGUAAUUCAGCCCCCCAACACUUCUGAUAGAUCCUUUUUAUUUCACUGAAAUCAGAACAUGAAGUGAACAUGCUUAAAUCCCCAAUCAAAGAUGCAAUAAUUCUGCUGUUGAAAGUCAAAGCCAGUCGUGCACCUUGUUUCCUAAAUCAGAAGCAUCUUCAACUCCAAUGACAACUUAUUAAGAGUCAGAUGUAUAACUGAUCAAAUUUAUUUGAACUCAUUCUCUUUUGGAUUACAAUCAAAUGUAAAUGAGUAUAAAUUCUUUUUAAAUCUAUGAGUUCUUAAGGAUGUGGAGCUGUGGUUUGAACAUGUUGUACUCCAGCCAUUUCAGUUCUGUCCAACUGCAAGGUUGUGUAGGGAUUACUCUACACCAGCUUGUGCCUGUGCCACAUUUUGAAGUGUUGAUACAGCUGUCGCACUGUUAGUCGACCACACAGUUAGAGGUCUGUAUGCACCUCGCCAAUACUACUACAGUAGACUGAUGCCACACAACAUUAACAGAGUAAACCGAAUGCCUAUUGAUGCUGAUUACCCAACCUAUACUGGAUAACACAUGCCUGCCGUAAGUUUUGGAAGGUUUAGAAGUUUCAGUUGUUCACUUUGACUGAAAAGCAUCACCUGAAGUGUUAGAGAAAGCCAGUUUGUAACUUCGCUGUUACAAGGUUGCAGCAAUAAGUUGGGUGGUGCCACUGUACAUUGCACUUAUCACACACAGUCUAAACACAUCACUGAAGUCUUGCCAUGCAAUGGCCUUUGGACCAGUGGUGUGAAUUAGAUAUAGAGCAGGUAAAUGCAUCUGUAGUGCUUGAGAUGUAGGUUUACUGACUGUCACUGAAACAGAAGUGGCUCAUCUGCAUGUUCCCUGCACUACCCACUGGUUGGAUGAUCACAGGGUCUUUCUUUGUCAUUGUAGUCAGGGCCUUAAGCUGAUCAUUAUCAAUCUUUGUCAGUCAGUAUAUUGGAGCUCUCUCCUCUUUUGAAAUUAUACAGUAAAUGAGGUGAAAUCACCAAAGAGACUGCUUCUAUGUUUGCUUCUUAUUUUUCAGAAGCCUGUCAUUCAGCUCAAUCUAUUUAUCUGUUCCUUCUGGGCCAACAACUGAUCAACAGCAAUACAGAGCAGAUGUAUGCAAUAUUGUAUGCCAUUAUGUAUGUUACAUAGUAAUCAUUUAUGAUGUUUGUAAUGUCAUCAGGAUAAAUCUCUGUGUACAUAUAUAAGUGACUCAGUCAUUGGCUGUGCUGUCCAACUCUAAAUGGUACUUAACAGUACGAAUGUUUCAGUUGGUGUCUGAUUUUUUGGCAUGAGAGCAGUUUGUUGAGCUGUAUGGGCGGAACAAAAUAAAAUGUGAAAUAUUUAA